GGAUUACUUGCUGCAUUGUGAAGUGGCAUGAAAGAUCUGUUGAGUUUCGUGAUUUUGACGUUUAUAUAAAAUAUAAUUGUAGUUCUGGCGUGGUGAUUCGAUUUUUUUAAGUAGAUACUGCUUUGUAUUACUGAUGUAGAAAGUCAACAAAAUGCUUGGCCAGUUUAAUAACGUUGGUGUUCGCAAUUGCAAUGGAACUAAACUACGGUAUGAUCAAGCUUGUUUAGAAAUAAUUACUGAUGGCCCAGUUACUCUCUGGAGCCAGUAUGAGGAGUGUGAAGAUUGCAUGUUGUUAGAGACUGCUAACUUAAAAAAGUCUGGUCCUGUUGUCCUAGAAACAAUCAGUCCCAUCCGAUACGCUAUACUCAGCGAAGAACAUGAAAUUUGCAAUGGUACCUAUGAAUUUGGAGAGUUUGGUCAGUAUAGCAUCAAUGUUGCAAAUGAUAGUCGUAACUGCCAGCCCCGGAUGACAGCAGAGCCUGAUGCGGCGUACCUCCCGAUACUUACGGCGGUAGUUGUGUUAUUGUCUUUGGCAACACUGUGGUAUAUUGUUAAAGGAAUUCUCAAGAUAAUCAUUGCUGGACGCUUGUAUUCCAGAUACUUUGCAAGAGAGGACAAUGAACUUGGCUCCGAAACGCGCGUGAUAGUUUCAAGUGAACCUAGGUCCCCUACGAGAUCUAGACUGCGUUCGCUAGACAUCUUUAGAGGAUUCUCCAUUGCGCUUAUGAUAUUCGUGAAUGCAGGCGGUGGUGGCUACGGCAUAUUCACUCACUCCGUCUGGAACGGAUUGACAGUUGCUGAUGUGGUUUUCCCAUGGUUCGCAUUCGCUAUGGGCGAGGCUUUGGUAUUGUCGCUUAACGCCCGGCUGAGGACAUCUUUGCCGAGGAUCACGGCUCUUAAACAGGUGGCCCAAAGAUCCCUAUUAAUGUCCAUAGUUGGCAUCUGCCUUAGUUCAGUGAAUGUGUCGUGGUAUGAUGUCCGCUGGCCCGGAGUGUUGCAGCGGUUGGCUGCUAUGUACCUCAUCGUUGGUGCCGUCGAGUGUGCCUUUAUGAGGACCAGCCAGAAUAUUACGCCAGGUCGAUCCUUAUUCCGUGAUAUCGCGGCGGGCUGGCAACAAUGGUUGGCCACAAUUCUAUUGGUUGCUAUUCAGGUGUGUAUAACAUUGACUGUGUCGGCGCCGGGUUGUCCCCGCGGGUAUGUGGGACCCGGGGGUCUUCACCGUACUGCAUUAGGUGAUUUGUCGCUGGUCAACUGCACCGGUGGCAUUGCGGGAUAUAUUGACAGAUUAAUCCUCGGCUCUUCCCAUUUAUACAAGGGUGGCAGAUUCCGCAAGAUCUACAUGACCUUACAGCCCCACGAUCCCGAGGGAUUGUUGGGAAUUCUCUCGGGCGUGCUGGUCGUACAGGCGGGCGCGCACGCAACGAGAAUUAUGCUUGUGUAUAACCACGCCAGGGCAAGAAUAAUGCGUUGGGUGUUCUGGUCGAUUGUAUUCAGCGUAGUUGGUGGCGCCCUCUGUGAAUUUUCCAAAAAUGGCGGACCAAUCCCAAUCAACAAAAACCUUUGGUCCGUGUCUUACUGCUUGGUGACAGCUGGAAUGGCGUUCUUUAUACAGGCCGUGUUAUAUUUCUUGGUGGAUUUGAAGACAAAGUGGGGUGGUCGCCCCUUGUAUUAUGCAGGACAAAACGCCCUCUUCCUGUAUAUUGGGAGUGAGCUUCUAAAACGUCAUUUCCCGUUAUACUGGCAUGUGCCAGCCCCAACACACAGCCAAUUACUGGCAACACACGCGACCGCCAUGUUGAUUUGGCUGGCCGUCGGUGUUGCCCUACAUAGAAAGCGGAUCUUUAUAACGCUCUAAUAUUUGUUGCCAACACAUAAACAUAGAGAAUGGACAGCGUCAAUUGGAUCGUGAAAUAUGAUACGAAGACUUGAAAAUGAAUGUGACUAAAACGCCUGUUUUACACACUAGUGGGACUAUUUGGAACAGAGAUAGACAAAAAGGGGUAUAUUUUAGAAAGCGUGAUAUACCUCAGUUCGUGCAGGCCUGUCUUUCUAGAUAAAAAAUCUAAUUAGCAUGGACCCAGUUUUGGGGUCGUUCAAGUAUUAAAAACGCACUAUAGGGGGCAUGGGCAGGGGGGCUUUGAUUUCUUAUUUGGUGAUUACCUCAACAGUAAUUAUUAACUUUUUAAACACAUUGUCUAUGCCUGUAAACGAAAUGCACUUGCGAGGACUCCUACAAAAAAUAAUACGUAAAUUGCAGUCAAUUUGCUGACGUAAUACUUGAAAAGCCCCUGACGGUGAUCACGUGACGAUAUUAAUAUAAAUUCGAGGAUGGCAACUCGUCUAUUUCAAUUUACUUAGAUCUCUUGAAUUUUUUCGACAUUAAAUUACCUAAUUAAUUGUCUAUGUUGCAUUUGCAACGGCUUCAUUUAGUAGCAGUAGCUAUAGACUUGACUGGAUAAGAUUUAAAGACAAUUUUUGGUGCAAAUAAUUGUUACCAUACGCACUCAAUGUCAUCUGUCAAACUGUGUUAAGAUAGAAAAAAGCUUGCGCUAAAUCUUGUAUCUUAAAAUUUUACAUUCUUAACAUUUUCAAAGUAUAUUCUCUUAAUUCUAGGAAUGUAAGAUCUGCUAUAAAUCUGAAGACUGUAUUAUUUCAAGAAUUGGCUGUUGAUAUAAUAAGUUUUGCUAAUUGAUAAAUAAGUGCCUAGAAGUCUUGUAAUGAAAUAUAUCCUACAUAUUUUUUUAU